AUGAAACGAAUAGAGCGUAGCUGGAUGUAUGAAAGGUUGGAUGGCCGCAACAUUAGACCGGAGUUUGUGAAAGGGGUUGAUGAAUUCGUUCAGUUUUGUAAAGAUCAUCCAGAGAGCAGCAAAGUUGAUGAGGUUAGGUGCCCUUGUGUCAAAUGUCAUAAUCUUCAGCAACAUGACUAUGAGACUGUUAAAGUGCACUUAUAUAGAAAGGGUUUUAUGGAGGACUACCAUGAAUGUUUGUGUCAAAAUGAAGGGUUUCCAAUCAUCCCACCUCCCCAACCUAAUCCAUAUCGUGACAUGAUUAUGGAUGCCCUUGGGAAUGACCCACCUAACAUGGGUGGUGGAGAAGAGAGUCAUUUUGAGGAGGAAGAGCCAAAUCCUCAAGCUAAGAAAUUCCUUAAUUUGUUGGAGGAAUCUGAGCGUCCUUUAUAUGAAGGGAGUUCCAUGUCUGUUUUGGAAAUUGCAUCUAGAAUCACAAGUUUAAAGUGUGAGUACAAUUUGCCUCACAGGUGUGUGGAUGGAUUUGCUUCUUUGAUGAAUGAAGCAAUUCCUGACAAUAACAACAUGGGAGAGACAUUCUACGAGGUUAAGAAAGUAGUUAACAGGUUAGAGCUUCCUCAUGAGAAGAUACAUGCUUGUCCAAAAGGUUGCAUGUUGUUUUGGAAGGAAGAUGUGAACUUGUUCAACUGCAGAGUGUGUGGUAGCGAAAGGUAUAGCAAGACUUCAAAAGGAAGUUUAGUGCCCUUGAAAGUGCUUAUUUAUUUCCCGAUUACACCGAGGUUGCAAAGGUUGUUUGCAACAAAGAACAUAUCAGCGGAAAUGACAUGGCACGCCAAUAAUCCUAGAGUUGGAAACACAAUGGCUCAUCCUUGUGAUAGUGAUGCUUGGAAACACUUGGACAAGACCUUUCCAGAAUUCGCCUCAGAACCUAGAAAUGUGAGACUUGGAUUGUGCACCGACGGAUUUGCUCCUCACGUUAAGUUUGGAGGACAAUAUUCCUGUUGGCCAGUGAUAUUGACACCAUAUAACUUGCCUCCUUCAAUGUGCAUGAAAAGACAAUUCAUGUUUUUGUCUCUGCUUGUUCCCGGUCCUAAAAACCCAAAGGGCAACUUGGAUGUCUAUAUGCAACCACUGAUUGAAGAGCUUAAGAAAUUGUGGGAUGUUGGGGCAAACACCUUUGAUCUUUCUAAGCAGCAAAACUUCACUAUGCGGGCUGCCGUACUUUGGACCAUUAACGACUUUCCAGCAUAUGGUAUGCUAUCUGGAUGGUCAACUGCUGGUAAGAAGGCAUGUCCGUACUGCUUAGACAAAUCCAAGGCUUUAUGA